UUGUGGCAGUUACAGAACCAAAAACAAAAAAAAAAAAAAAAAAUGUGGCUUGGUCACAGAGAAAUACCAAUCCCUUUCAUGAUGGAAAUGGAUUUUAUCACAAAACCCUCUAGUUAAUCUCACGAAUAAUUCUACUUUCUACCUUUUGUUUUCAAUAAGCCUUUUUUUUUCUUUCAGUUACUGUAUCCUUCCUCCACUGUCCUGUCUCUCUCUGUCUCCCUUUUUAUUAAACUGAAGCCUCUGACCCUCUGAAACACAGAGAAAGUUCAGUGUGAUAUUUUUCUUGUUUGCACAGAAUGAGUGGAAAGACGAAAGAUGUGAUUCGCUUAGAGCGUGAAUCAGUGAUUCCAAUUAUCAAGCCCAGGCUUGUCAUGACGUUGGCCAACCUCAUUGAACAGGAUUCUGACCGGGCUGAGUUUUUAAAGCUCUGCAAAAGAGUUGAAUACACAAUUCGAGCUUGGUAUCUUCUACAAUUUGAGGAUUUGAUGCAACUGUACUCCCUCUUUGACCCUGUACAUGGGGCUCAGAAAUUGGAACAGCAGAAACUAUCACCUGAAGAAAUUGAUUCACUUGAACAGAAUUUCUUGACUUACUUAUUGCAGGUGAUGGAAAAGAGCAAUUUCAAGAUAGCGACUGACGAAGAAAUUAAUAUUGCUGUUUCGGGGCAGUAUCUUUUAAAUCUUCCAAUCAAGGUUGAUGAAUCUAAGCUUGACAAGAAGCUUUUGAAGAAAUUUUUUGCUGAGCAUCAUCAUGAGAACCUUCCAGAUUUUGUUGAUAAGUACAUUAUCUUCCGGCGUGGUAUUGGAAUUGAUCGGACCACUGAUUUCUUUUUCUUGGAGAAAGUGGAUAUGAUCAUUGGUCGCUUCUGGGGAUAUCUUUUGAGACUAACUAGGCUGGAAAAGUUUUUAAAAAGGUCAAGUGGACAGCAUAAGAAAGAUCCAAAGAAGCAAGAUGAUAUUUGUCCUGAAGCAGAUGUGGAAGACCUAUUUGUUGAACGGAUCCGUCUCGAAAAUAUGGAACUAAGUUUUAGAAAUUUGCUGGGCAAGAUCACAAUCCAAGAACCUACAUUUGAUAGGAUCAUUGUUGUCUACAGGCGAGAAAGUACGAAACCAAAAACAGAACGAGGAAUAUUUGUGAAGCAUUUCAAAAACAUUCCAAUGGCUGAUAUGGAAAUAGUUCUUCCUGAAAAGAAAAAUCCUGGGUUAACUCCAAUGGACUGGGUCAAGUUCCUUGUAUCUGCUGUGGUUGGGCUGGUUGCAGUAUUUAGUUCUCUUGAAAUGCCUAAGGCUGAUAUGUGGGUCAUGUUUGCUGUUCUAUCAACAGUGAUUGGUUAUUGUGCUAAGACAUACUUCACGUUUCAAGCAAACAUGGCUGCGUAUCAGAAUUUGAUAACACAGUCCAUGUAUGACAAACAACUGGAUAGUGGAAAGGGUACUCUUCUUCACUUGUGUGAUGAUGUGAUUCAACAGGAAGUCAAAGAGGAUCUUGAUCUGCGGUGUGAGGAACUAAUAAAAGAAGAGUUUGGUGAGAGCUGUAAUUUUGAUGUGGAUGAUGCUGUUCACAAGUUGGAGCAGCUAGGGAUUGUUUCUCGGGAUAGCAUUGGACGAUAUUUCUGCACGGGGCUAAAACGGGCUAAUGACAUCAUUGGCUAG